UCCUUCUGCCACCACCCAUCACUGAUCCUAACAUGCGAAAUGGGCGACCAGUCACCGCCUUCAGCUCGAAGGCGGCUCGGAAAUUCCAUACGACGACGGCUGGGGCGGAUUACAGCGCGCUCAAAGUCACCUGCUCCCAAUCGACUUGACAACGAUGACAUACCAAACGUCCUCCAAGAUGGCAUUCAGCUGACCAAAGUCUCUCUCAAGAAGCAGCGCACACUUCUGUUCAGACUCGAUCCCGAACGUGGCCAACUCUCAUGGGAGUCAAAAACUCCAAAGUACAUUCCGGUCGAUGCCAUCCGCGAACUCAGGGUCGGCGCUGAGACCAAAAAUUAUCGUGAUCAGUUUCAAAUAUUUGGACAAGACUACGAAGAACGAUGGCUCACCCUCAUCUACAUCGUCGACUCGUCUUACAAGACAAUGCAUCUCCUUGGGCCAUCCAAGGAAAUCAUACAGAUGCUGUUUAUCGCACUCAAGCAGAUGUACUCUAGGCGGAGCGAGCUGCUGGACGGUUUGAGUCAAGGAGAACGUCUGGAUGCCGCCUGGGAGCGCCAUUAUUGGAAUGGGCGUGGCUUCACCCUCGACGAUAUAGAGAGACUUUGUCGCCGUCUCAAGGUCGGUUACGAUGGGUUAGAGAUCCAGCGACUUUUUCUGGCGAGUAAAUUCUAUCAAGCUGAUUCUGGCAAACGAGGCACUCUUGACUUUGAAGACUUUCGAAAAUUCGCCAAAAUGCUCAAAGCUCGUCCAGACAUCGAACGCAUAUACAAACACAUCGUCAAGAAGCACGGCCCACUAGAUUCCGUCGUUUUUCAGACUUUCAUGAAAGAUACGCAACGGGUGCGUGCGCCGUUCCUCCUUGCACCUUCAUCUCCUUACGCCACCAAGUCUUCUGUUGGUACCCACCAAUUAAAGGCCAUUUACGACUUUUACGCCGAGGACGACUCCAACUCAUCUACAACCUUAUCUCUGGAAGGAUUUACAGCAUUUCUGUUCUCAGCCGACAACCCUGCCUUCGCGGACCCUGAGGAGAACCUAAUUUAUAAUCACCACCCACAUCAUCAUCCUCGUCACUUGAAGGGAAGAGACGGAAUCUCCAAGCCUCCUCAAGCUGGCGAAAUUGUGCAAGACAUGAAGCGGCCACUGUCCGAAUAUUUCAUUUCCUCAUCUCAUAACACUUACCUUUCGGGCCAUCAGCUGGUUGGAGAGAGCACGAUCGAAGGCUAUGUUCGUGCAUUACAAGCUGGAUGUCGCUGUGUGGAAAUCGACAUUCACCCGGGAAGCCAUACACCACUCGUUACCCACGGAAACACCCUUACGUCCAAAGUCCCACUACGUGCCAUCUGCGAGGCCAUUGACCAAUACGCAUUUGUCGCGUCUCCAUACCCACUCAUUAUUUCUGCUGAGGUUCACUGUUCUCCAGUCCAGCAGGACAUGAUCGUAGAAAUCAUGUCCAGUGUCUUCGGUGAAAAGCUAAUGCGAGCUCCGAUUGACGGGCGCCCGCCGCUUGCGGAGCUGCCCAGUCCCGAGGAUUUACGAGGCAUGAUUUUGGUCAAGACGAAGAACCUAUAUCUCUCUUCAAGCGAUGGAACUGUCUCGCCCACAUCAAUAGAAAUUUCGUAUACCUCGGCGGACUCGACAGCAGAGGAAUCCGAAUUCAACAGUCUCGCUGUCCCCGGUACGGUUUCGUUUACUCUUGAGUUAUGUCCUCUCAACGUUAUCAAAGAUUCUCGUCGUUCACGAAUUCUUCAAAAGGCUAGCGCAGCGAUUAAGCAUGUUCGCAGUCGCAGUCGAGGCCACUCUGCCCAGUCGUCUGAAUCACCCCCCUCUGCAUUCAUCCCUCUUCCUCCGAUGUCAACCACGAGCUCUUCAGAGAGUAUCAAACCAAAGAUGUCAAUGGGCCUUGUUUCCCUCCUCGUUUACACUGUUGGCGUCAAGUAUCGCGGGAUCAACAAGAAGGAGGAAUACGCGCCUGAGCAUAUGUUUUCGCUGUCGGAAAACUCGGCGAACAAGCUGAUCCGGUCUGGCGCCGUUGUCGACCUCAUCAAGCACAACAGGAGCCACCUCAUUCGAAUAUAUCCCAAAGGAACAAGACUGAACUCGUCCAACUAUCUGCCUCACAGUUAUUGGUGUGCUGGCGCCCAGCUAGUGGCAAUUAAUUGGCAGACUGUUGACUUGGGCUCCGUCAUGAACUACGCGAUGUUCCAACGAAAUGGUGGAGCGGGCUAUGUGCUCAAGCCGCCUGCCCUGCGAUCAGCCAGCCACAAGGAUUUAUUGUCUAAACAGACAGAGCACGUUCUCGAGCUUGGUAUUAUAUCUGCUCAACAACUUCCCUCGCCCAAGGAGGGUGUCACGCUCGACACCUUUGUCGAAGUCUCCUUGCACGUGCCCGACUGGACUGGCUUCCACGCCAGCCGUGCCGGCUUUGGCCGCACGCCCUCUUCCCCACCGGCCUUGUCAAGCACGAGUGCAAUAUACCGCACCUCCGUUGUCAAGAACAACGGCUUUAACCCCGUCUAUGAGGAGAAGAUGCGCCUGCCGUUCACCUGUGUGGGCAACAUGCUAGAUCUUGUGUUUGUCCGGUUCGCGGUCAGGCAGGAGGCCAGCAGUGGUGACGACGAGCCAAUCUUGGCCGUUUAUUGCGCCCCCGUGGCUUGCUUGCAGCAAGGCUACCGUCAUCUGCCUCUUCAUGACUCCCAGCUAUCUCAAUACAUGUUUUCAUCGCUUUUCGUCAAGAUCUCACUCAGAGAGUUGUAG